AGCGACUCAAUAGGUUUGCUAUGGACCACAUUUAUUCAAUGAUAUUCUCAAGGCAAAGUUGCAAAUAUUGGUUUGGCUUGUGAUGCGAAGCAAUAUAUUACAAGACUUCGAUGAGUUCAUUGGUUGGGUGAUAAACAUUUGUUGUUUCUCGUACAGGCCUCCUGAGCGGAUAUCACCAGCCAAACGCUUAAACGACAACCACUUUUCCGCGGAGCCAUCAUGCCCCCGAUCUACUUCAACCAAAAAAGUCAUUUGCAUUCAGCAUACGCAGGUAAGCAUGGAGCAGGAAAUGGCGUGGGGGGUGGGCCGUCAUACAAUCAUAGGUGAUCUUAGCCAGAGGGGGGAUUGCCGAGGGUAAUCGAAACAACAGAGUUUGGCACACCUUGACAUGUCCAGUGCGGUUAUUAUUAUACCUGUUCCCAGGUCCCAGAGCUUGGACUUCAUUGACCUCCUGGCGAUCCCCGCAGGGGCUUUCUUGACCUUGGCUGGCUUCCCCGGUUUUGAUAUCGUCCUAUUUCUCCUUGUGGGGUGGCCCUGCAUCUCGUCCUUCUCGUGACUCAGCGUUGUACUUGUCAUCCCUCAAGCGCAUCCCGCUGACUACCUUUGUUCUCGAGCAAUACCUCGAAAGGCAACAUGAAGGAUGAUCUGGGGUCAGGCUCCAAGGGUUCUAGGGGAGGCAGGAUGACUGCCGAAGACAGGAAGUUGCGCAAUCGGCUGUCGCAAAAGGCAUUCCGAGCACGUCAAGCCAUGCGCAUUAAGGAAUUAGAGCAAAGACUGGACACCCGACCUGUAUCAGAGACGGACCGCAUCACCGAGCUCGAGGAUCGCAAUGCCUUUUUGGGCAGUCGACUCUUUGACUGCCAUAAAAAGCUGGAGAGUCUGCAAGUCACUAUCAAAGCCUUGUCAGAUGCUACAGCAGAAGCACUCGAUAUGGUGGUCAAUAAAAACCGACUUAAUGAAGCCGAAACCAGCGGAGCGAGUGACGAACGCGACAAGGUGUCACGUUCAGAUGCAUCAGACUUAUCAAACGACGAUCAUGGUCUUGACGAGGGCGUGCUGUCCAUACGAUCCUUGGACGGCACACAGAUCCACGGUUUCGACGUUCCUCACCAUAAACCACAGACGAGCCAGCGGUCCAAGAAGUCCUCUCCCCCGCAAGGGAUGUGGCCCGAAUUGACGGGAGACUAUAUUGACAUCCCUGAGGACUUGCAGAACGCUCUUCAGAUGGCCAUCAGCCAGGAUCCCAACGCAUUCAGCACCCUGAGUUGGGAGGAGAACUCAUAUCUACCGACACAUGACGGGCUCUUAUGGGACGGCCCACUCCCAGAUCCAGUGGCGCAGCAGCAGCUAUCGUAUCAUACACCACAGAUUGGAUCGAACGCUUACGCCAGUAUUGAGCAUGUAGGCCCUGUACUGAUUCGUGGACCGCACGGCAUAUUACACAAGACCAACUCCUCCUGGUCGGAUCACAUCACCACAGUUGAAUACUUCCUGCGGUCAAAAUGGGCGAAUUCAAUCAAAGGAAAAAGGAAAAAGUCGCUCACGACAUCUUCCGACAGUCUUUCCAGUUCCGCUUUAUUCAUGCUGUCAUCGUUCAUCUGCCUCGCAUGGCCAACGAUGGCCGCCUGGCACACCUACACCAAAGCACAUAUGUACGUAGGAAGUCUGAUGGCUUGGAGAUUGAAUCCUACGGAUGAGCUAUUCGCCAGCAUAGACCCAGCUUUCCGACCGACCAAACUUCAGCUCACCGUUCCGCACCCGGCCAUUAUCGAUUGGGUUCCUCUUAGCAGCCUCCGCGACAAACUUAUCCUUUUCUACUCUGCUAGCCCCUCGUUGGACGAAGUGGUCUGCGAAAUCGGCAAUGCCUAUGUGAUGGAGGGCGACUUGUCAAGGCUGAUUGCUGGACUUCCUCCUACUCGCGGCUAUGUCGGAGUCUGGGACCUUGUCAGAGCCAUCGCACCAGAAGCCGCUACGGCAAGCAACAACUCUGCGCCACACGACUUAUCCCAGACCAACUUUGAUCGCUCUCCAGAGACUGUGGAUGAUUUUGAUGGUGACGACGGGGACAAGGCUGCCCGUCACACAACACUGCCUGCGCGCGAUGUUACAGCUCUUUUCAACUCAAAGGUUCUUGCACUAAAGGCGUUCAAGAUGAUGCGGAUGCAUACCGGGCCUGGGAAUUUCUUACUAGACCCUGCCUUCUUCGAACGACAUCCUGAAUUGCACGACCCACGGGCCGGCAUCAUUGCAAAGGGGGUGCCACUACGUCCUGGCGAUCGAAAAUUGAUCAUCACGCCUCAACCAAUGGACGCAGGAGUACUCGGUCGUUACAGAGAGUUAUCAUCCUGGUCCAUGACGCUGUCUUCCCCUGUGGUCAGCGCCUCUUGACGUUCUGACCCAUAGUUAUCGACAAAGACCAGGAAUGCGUGGUGGAGGGGGAAAGGAAGUGCCAGAACAGUAGCAUUCAGGCACAUACGAAUCAUAUUUGGCGUUUACUAGGAGUGGAUCAUAUUUACGCAGCGACACGAUUCUCCAUUCAAUUCUAG